AUGGAAAAGGAACUCCCCUCCUAUAAUGUGUCGACAACAUCCAGAGCCGCCCAUCUUACCGCACCACCCCUCCUGCUUAAACACUGCGAGUACCUCAAAUCCCAAGAGUGCGCUAUCCUCAACAUGGCAUUUGGCAAUUCCAACCACGUCUCCAAGCCAGCCAGAAUCUCCUUCAGCAUAGGUGCCUUCGACCGACCUAAAAUACUUGUUCCGACAGCCGCCCUCCACGGCAUCACACCCGAUGUAUUGAGAAGAUAUCUGCGCUGGCUCACCAUCACAAAGCCCUUAGGUGCUUGCCAGGACGCAUCGGCGCCUUCUAGUCACCCGCUGGAGAACUUAUGUACCUGGUCCCAAUGCCGCCACCUUCUAGACUCUUACGUCUUGGGCGUGAGGAUCAGGGAUACGGAGUAUCAGCAAUAUAUUCUCCAGGAGCUUCACAAGUGGGUAUCACCGGAGCCGGAAGCGGACGUUGGGGGUUUGGAGCUAGUGAUGCUGAGCGAGGAUGUGGAUGGGGAAUUGAGGAAUUUCGUAGUAGAUCGAUCGGUUUGCGAUAAGGAUAGCGUCAGGAGUAUCUUGAAGCUCUUGUUAGCAAAGAAAGACCAGAGACAGCUAGACGAACAAAAGGCGAAGGGCAUUACCGUCAAGGUCUCCGGAGUUGAUAGGUCUAUGGCUCUGCCUCUGUCCAAGUUCUCGAACUUCCCCUACCUCCCGCCCCCCGGAAAUGAAUUCCCAAGAUUCGGAACCGGUCCCAUAGAUUGUUGUCAGAACAAGCCUUUACCACCGCUCCCACUCGAGGCAUCAAAUUCCAGUAGCUCACUUAUCCGUUGUUCCAAUGAGUUGUCGGAAAACCGUACUUUCCGAUCAGGCGGCUUCAGACAUAGCAUAGCAAGAUGCGAUGUCGGGCUGGUUCAUCGAGUGGGGCAAUCAAAAGCGUUUACCCGAUUGAAGAGACUCAGAAGUAUAUCGGUUGGUGUCCUGCCUUUGGUUCAGGAAAAUAUCCACGAAUGA